AUGAAAAGUGAGAUUGAAAUUGAACUUGGAGUUGAUGAUCCAUUGAGCAAAAGUACCGCUAGAUUAUCUCUUUGUCAAGCUGAUAUGGAGGAAGAAACUGAAGGUAACACGAAUCCACGAUUGCAAGUACGGGAAUUGUUGCAAAGAGAAAAAGAUAGUAUACAAAGGCGUGAUUCUGCAGUUUCCUUAAAUUCCUUUCUUGAAGAAGAAGAAGAAAAUGAUCAACAACAACAACAACAACAACAUUUACUGCCAAAAAAGAAAAGUAGAAGUAAAAAAAUUGCUGAAAAGAGAAGAAGAUCGUCCGCUCAAUCCCUUAGUAUUGUUCAACAACAACCACCGCUCAAACGAGAAAAGAUCCACAAACGGAAAUUAAAAAAAAGACUACAACCACCAAAUAUUGAAUUGGUUCUUGAUAAAUUUGAAGAAGAGCAGGAUAAAGAUUCAGAAUUGAAGCGAUUCCCAUUCAGAAACUUAAGACUGUUGAUAUUAAAAGUGUUUAAUGUGCCUGGAACCAAUACUUUAAAGUGGUGUAAUAUUGAAAAUGGCGAAAAGAUACCAACUGUAUGCGUUUGUUUGGUGCCUGGAUUACAGUUGGAGGAAAAUUCAACAGAAACAACUGAUACUGGCUUACAACCGAAGGAUGAAAAACUGAAACAACAAUGUGCAAUUUCAAAUUUGAAAAGAAUUGACCAAUUGCCUUUUAUAUAUGAUACUUUUACCAGUUUCAUUAAGCUGUCAUCGCCGGGUAGUAAAGACACAAUUUUUCUGUCAUUGCAAACUCUUCUCCACGUCCCAUUAACAAAAAAUGAAAAGAAAUCUCUAUUGCAGAAACUGAAAGCGACAAAAAUAACUAUUCAAGAUUUACUUUUGACAGAACAGCAAUUGAAAGCAUACAACUAUCCAACAGCACUCGUUGAUUCAACAUGGAAAGCAACAAAAGAUUUGUAUUGCUUAGAAAGUACCACUAAUCCUGUUUCAAAUAGUAAUGAGAGAUCGACCUCAGAAACUCGAAGAAGCAAAAUUUAUGCCUUGGAUUGUGAGUUUUGUAAAGCCGGUGCCAAGCAAGUACUAACUCGAAUUUCGUUACUUGAUUUUGAGGCCAAUGUUAUAAUGGAUGAAUUGGUCAAACCCAAGGAAAAAAUUACCGACUAUGUCACUAAGUAUUCUGGUAUUACUGAAGAGUUAUUACAGGAUGUAACAACCACCAUUGAAGAUAUACAGAAUUUAUUUGUGGAUAAAGUUUCGCAACAGGACAUUUUGAUUGGACAUUCCUUAGAAUCCGAUCUAAAUGUAAUGAAGAUCAAACAUGACAGGAUUGUUGAUACUUCAAUUAUAUAUGAGCACAAUCGGGGACCUCCAAGUAAACCAUCCUUAAAAUGGUUAGCUGAGAAAUACUUGUGUCGGCAAAUACAAACUGGAGAAGACCAGGGUCUUGGGCAUUCUUCAAUCGAAGAUGCUAAAGCGUGUUUAGAUUUGGUUAAAUUGAAAAUUAUCGAAGGAAAAUUAUUUGGAGCCAAUGUAGGAGAGGUGUCUAUAUUCCAACGCUUAUCAGAAAAUCCAAAAUAUAAUGUUGGUGGUGAAGCAGAUGGUAGUGGUAAAUUUAAAUCACUAUUAGUAUCAUACCGUCAAGCCAGAGAGUAUGAUAUCAAUCCAGAUGAAAAGUAUGAUUUGACAAAAAUUAAUGUUAAAAAUGACGAUGAGGCAGUAGAGAAUUUUGUUAAAGAAAUUCAUUCUAAAAAUUUUGCCGUCAUUAAUUUGAGAGAUUUAGAGUUCAACAACAAAUGGAAUACCCCACCUGAUUAUUAUACUGGGGACUUGGAUUACAAUCAAAUGGAGUCAUACAAACGAACAAAUCAAAGACUUGAACAAAUUUAUCAAAGUUUGCCGGACCACUCAUUAUUGAUUUGUUACUCUCAACUGGGGGAUCCACGAGAAAUGUUUAAAUUGCAAAGUGUUCGACGUAAUUUCCAGAAAUGCGAGAAAGAAGGGGUUAUUGAUGUGACAAAAUUGCCCGAGGAAGAGUCUUGGACUUUUACAAAAUCUGAAAAGUUGCUUGAACAAACAUCUUUAGCUAGAGAAUCAUUGAUGUUUAUGAAAAUAAAGCCUUCAAGUGAUGUUGGGAGUGAUAGCAUUAGCAACUUAUCCACUGAACCUACCACUUCUAUCACCACAGAAACUAGUGGCGGCAGCAGUAGCAGUAAUGAUAUCAAGGAUAUAGAAUAA